AUGCUGCAGGAACUACCGGCUGAGAAAGGUGCUGAAGGAGUUCAGGCCAUCCUCGCCAACUUAGUGAAAGAAGGGACACCGGUUCCUGCCAUUUCACCUUUUAGUUCCUGGAAAAGCUCGAGUGCAGCGAUGCAGCGACUGUAUUCAUUAUCUCCACCGGGAACGUGCAACAAGCUAUGCAAUGAAGAGUAUGAUGCGUUCACAGCCCGGGCCGGCUGGGUACCCGGGGCGGCGACGGUAGCCCCGGGGAGAGGCGUGCCGGCCAGGCCUUUUCUGGUCGCGGUGAUUCCGGCUCCAGCGACCCCCGCCCCCGGCAGCCUGGCGGUUGUGUUUCCUGCGGGCGGGCACGCGGUGCACUUGUGGGUGUCGGUUAUUGAAAUUCGAGGAAUUGAGAUUGAUCUAUGUCCACUAGAUUCAGACAUUGUCUUGAAGGACUUUGGGAACGAGGAAGGUUUUACUGUCGUACCCACAGGAUGCCAGCCAUUGAUCUUUUCUCUUGUGGUCACUUUUUUUUUCUGUCUUUGUGAGGAGAAGUCAGAAGAGGAAAGGCUAGUGACCAGGUGUCUGACAAAUUAUUCUCAGGACCCAGUGACCUUUGAGGAUGUAGCUGUGGAAUUCACCCAGGAGGAGUGGAUUUUGCUGGAUCAAACUCAGAGAAGGCUGUGCAGAGAUGUGAUGCGGAACUACAAGAGUCUGGCUGCAAUAGAUUGGGAGAUUUGUCUUAAUACCAAAUGGUCAGCACCUCAGCAGAAUAUUUUGCAGGGGAAAACACCAAAUGUGGUAGAAAUGGAGAGAAGCCAUACUGGAGAGGAAUUGUUUAAUUUUAACCAUUGGGAAGAAGCCUUGAGUGAACACUCCUUUAAGAUUUACAUUACUCACAUUAGAAAGAAAACUUGUGAGUGCAACCAGUGUGUAAAAGCCUUCACAAAGAACUCUGCCCUUAAUCUAUACAACAAAACCCAUGAUGGAGAAAAGCCUCCUAAGUGUAAUCAGUGUGAAACAGUUUUUAGCCAAAAUCCACAUCUGUAUGAGAAAACUUAUACUCGAAAGAAACCCUAUAAAUGCACGGACUGUGGGAAAGGCAUUCCUUCUUCCUUACACCUUAGAGAAUGUGUAAGAAUUCAGAGUGGAGAAAGGCCACAUACCUUUAAGGAAUGUAGGAAAGCUUUUUCUCAUUCUACAGGCCUUUUUGAGUAUAUGCAAAUGAACAAGAGAAAAAAGUCCUACAAAUCUAAAGAAUGUGGGAAAACCUUUAUUUGAUCUUCUUGUCUUAUUCAUCAUUUAAGAGCUCAAAGUGAACUGGUGCCUAUGGAAUGUAAGAAAUUUGAGAAAGCCUUUCCUUGUUCCCCAAAUCUUGCUAAAUGUAUACGAUUUCCUAUGAGAGAGACACACUGUGUUUGCAAGGAGUGUAGUAAAGAGUUUACUUGUUUCCCAGAACUUAAUAUUCACAUGUGAGUUCACACUGGAGAAAAACCAUAUGAGUGUAGUAAAUGUGAGAAAACCUUCACCAGUUCUUCAGGUCUUAUAAAACGAACUCACACUGGAGAGAAGCCUUAUGAAUGUAAGGAAUAUGGGAAAGCCUUUAGUAACUCAUCUUGCUUUAAAAGUCACAUGCAAACCCCUUGAGUAAAACCCCAUAAUUGUAAGCAGUGUGGGAAAGCCUUAAGAAUUCACAGUAUAGAAAGAACUUUUGAAUAUAAGGAGUAUGGGAAGUCAUUUAGGUAUUCUUUGCACUUUAGUCAACAUAAACAUACUGGAGAGAAGCCAUGUAAAUGUAAAAAGGGUGGGAGAGCCUUCACUGUUUCAUCAGGCCUUACAGUACACAUGAGAACUCACACUGGUGGAUGACCUUUUGAAUGUAAGGGCUGUGGGAAAGCCAUUACCCGGUCCACAUACUUUAUUCAACAUUUAAGAACUCACAGUGGGGAAAAGCCAUAUAUAGAUGAGGAAUGUGGGAAAACCUUUACUACUACUUCAUACCUUAAAGAAUAUCAGAUUUCACUCUUGAGAGAAGCUUAUCCUUGCAAAGGAUAUGGGAAAGCCUUUAAUACUUUCUCUUAGAAAACACAUACUAAUUCAUAGUGAAGGUAACCUUAUUAAUGAGGAAUGUAGGAAGCCUUUAGCUCUGCCUUAUACUUUACUACUCAGCUCUGAUUUCACAGGUAUGAAAAAUCUUAUAAAUGUAAAAAGUGUAGGAUUUUUUUUUAAUUCUUAUCCCCCACUUUGGGAAAACAUGAGAGCACACAUUAGGAGAGAUCCCAUGAGUGAAAGGGAUAUAGGAAAGCCUUUGAUUAUUCUUUGUUAUUAGGAAACAUAAUUCACACUGGAGAGGAACUGUAAAUUAUAAAUCUAGGGAAGAUGGAAAAGACUAUGUUAAUUUAUGUUACAUGUAAUAAAUCACAUUGGAGAAAUUCUGUGUGAAUGUAAAAACAGUGCUUUCAGUAAAUAUCUUACAUAUUUUUUUUAAAAAUUGUGAAGUUCUA